AUUACUUGUCUAUGGGAAACCAUGGAGGACAGCACAGAAGAAGACAUUGAGUCUCUGAUUGAAGGAAUGUCCUACAUCCCUGGCCACUUCCAUUUGGAGCUACAUCUCAACGGUGAGCCCAAUGGACCAGCUGCUCUUUGGCACCGAGACACCCAACUCAAGAGCGAGAGCCUCAGGGCUGAGCUCGAAGCUGAGACGGGACGAUUGCAGUAUGCUGUACGCAAUAUGUUGGGCUUCCUAGCCUUCCAUUUGGAUGAACUGGAGACAGCAGAGGAGGUCUUUAACAGCAUCUGCCAAGAGGAUCCUGAAAACCUCAAUGCCUGGGCCAACCUGGGUUAUGUACAUGAACGGUUGGGUCAUGAACAGGAGGAAGGAGAGUGCAUGGAACGUGUGGCUACCCUUAUGGGCCCAGAGAUGGGGGAGAACCAGACAGAAACCAGGCUAAGGGUGGCCCGUUGCCUGGCUGAGCAGGCAUACGCCCACCCUUAUGAUGUGGAGCUGGAGAGAGACAAAGAUUUAAGGGAGACAUUGACAUCUGCACUGAUGUUAUACAACCGUGCACUUGAUUAUGGAGGGGAACUGAUACCCGUCGAGGAAAAGAGAAGUUGGUAUUUCAAAAUGGCAACAAUUUACAUAAGGUUAGAUGGUAUUGUGAGGGAUUCAAAGGACAUUGAAAACACAAGACUUACUUAUUUCAACAAGGGCCUCAAGCUUCUUGCAGAGACUCUAAACUCUGACAACACACAUAUCAAAGCUCUGGCCUGGUGUUAUGUUGGUCUCAUGUUGGAGCGAAUGGAGGAGUUAUCCACUGUACCGAUGGCAGUUCAUGACUGUGGUUUCUCUGGGUCUGACCCUUUGACAUGUUAUGGAUCGGCCAUCAAGCUUGCCACAGAUGAUGCAUUCAUCCUCAACAGACUAGCAAACGUGUUCUUUCUGUCAGGCAAACUAGAGAUGACCAUGGGUAUAUGUAACAUGGCACUGAAUGCCCUGCCUGAUGCUGAACUCAACUGGCAAGCAUAUUGCACUCGUGCCAAGCUCAGUGUCACAACUUAUGCCAAGGAUCUGGAUAAGGCUAAGUGUGGCCAAGGUUGUAACCCCGACCGUCAGAUUCUGAAAGAGGCCCGUGUUGACCUGGAACGUGUCCUGGCUGUCAGACCCUGUUUGAGAACUCACUUAGAGAUGGGUCAGGUCUACUACUACAUGGGUGUGGAUGUCCUUCAAGAAAGCCUGUUGGUUGAUGAGAUGGCGAUUAACCAAGCCCUGGUCAGUCUAGCUAAAGCUCUGCAGUGUCCUCUAGGUUCUACAAUCCCUAAAUUACAGGUCCUGCGUGGCCGCUGUCUGCUGCUGAAAGGAGAGGAGCAGAAUGCUAUUAACUGUUUCAGGAAAGCACUUGAACUGGAAUAUCCCAGUGUACAAGACACUGAGACCCUACACUGCCUUCUACAGGCUCUUCUAAUGAGCAUCACCCAGAGUGGUACGGACACAGGUCAUGCUAUUACCCAAUUAGAGGAAUGUUUAAAGCAGGCCGAGGAGAGGUACGGGCCAAACGUAGUUCAAACCGAGUUAAAGGCACUGUGCCGAGCACACACAGAUGAGGUGACUGAGCUUUCCAAAGAUCUGGUGAGGAAGGGAAGGAUGGAGGUGGUUAAAAAGUUGCUGCAGAGCGUUCAGCCACAGGGGAAGAGAAUCACAAUGGGCAGGUCCCAGUCUAUAUGAAAGCUGUCUCCAACAUAGUCACUCAAGAAUUGCUGACAAUAUGAUUUUAAAUGAGAAAUAUGUGAUAUUCUGGAAUUGUACCUGUGAAAGUGAUAGUUCACCUAAGACAAAAAUUCUGUCAUAAUUUACUAACCCUCCUGUUGAUCCAAACCUGUAUGCCUUUCUCCAGUAGAACAGAAAAGAUGCAGUAUGUUUCAGUCAACAUUCACUUUCAUUGUCUAGGAAAAAAGAUGCAAAGUGUAUUGUUACUGAGACUAACGCUCUGCUGAACAUCUCCUUGUAUGUACUAUGGAAGAGAGAUAGUCAUAUGGCUUUAAAAUAACAUAAGUGAGUCCAUAAUGUCAGAAUUUUCCUUUUUGAGUGCACUGUUCCUUGGGUGAACAUUACUUAACAAUAUUGUGGAUACUCAUUUGCAACUUAGUUUAGUUCAUUUUUGUAAGUGUGAUGGACAAGAGAAAUAAAUAAAAAAUAAAUUACAAUAUUAUUGUGGGGCUCCAAAAUGUUGAGAUUUUACAGGAACACUAGGGUUUCUUAAUUUGAUGGAUACAAUGUUGUUUCUUUAUUAUAGAUUGUUAAAUCUGGAUGAGUUAAGCUCAGUGAAUGAGACACUGUACAUUUGUUUCUGUAUCACAGAAUCUAAAUCAGUAAAGCGUGAGUUAAUAUAGGCUACUAUCUGAGCCCCCAUUUACACUUUGUUUUAAGGUGUGUUUUCAGUGAUCUGACCUCUAUCGGAUACUACUUGACCACAUUAAAUGAAGGGCUGGGUAUUGAUACAGUAUUCCAGAUUCACAAGCUCUCGAUUCGAUUAAAUAUCGAUUCAUAUGUGUUUAUUUAAGUUCUAAUGUACCUUUUGUUAAAAAGAAAGGAUCUCCCAGAUAAUGCUGUUAAUUAUACAGGGGACCUUUUAACUAGGUACACAAGGAUAAUAUCAAUUUUACUAAUUAUAUUUAAUUAC